ACUAGUUUAAUUUCUUCAGGAUUUCUGACUAAAGGAACUUCAGAAUUUUUUAAUUGUUUAUAUGCAUGUGUAUCAAACAGCAAUAGAAAAAGAUUAUAUACAAACUCUGUCUCUCUCUCUGUUUCUCUGUCUCUCUCUCUCUCUCUCUCUCUCUCUCUGUUUCUCUGUCUCUCUCUCUCUCUCUAUCUCUCUGUUUCACUGUCUCUCUCUGUUUCUCUGUUUCUCUGUCUCUCUCUCUCUCUCUGUUUCUCUCUCUCUCUCUCUCUCUCUCUCUCUCUCUCUGUUUCUCUUCCCUCUUCCUUUGCUCUGUGGUAUAAGUACUGUGAGUGAUCGGCAACAGCAUAUUCUCACUCACUCACUCACUCACGUUCAUCUGUAACACAGCGAUGUUGCACUGCUUCUUUUCUAAUCUUUAUUCUCAGUGAAUAUUACAGACUAACAAAUGGCAACUCUUUUCUGGAUGCUCCUGAUUCUGUAUCCGUUUGUGGCUCAUUCUCAAAGUGGAGAUGAUGAAGCCCCCAUUGACACUGACUGCUGGUCAUUGAUGACCUUACAACAGAGCAGUCUAGUCUGUGUCCUGAAUGAGUUUGACCCCAACAUGUGUGAGAAAGUAACACUUUGUCAUUUUGAAGGUCCAGUUUCUAUUUGUUCCAAUGCAACUGUGGAAAGUAACAGAUUCAGUUUUUGGAGUCUGAGUCCUGUAACACAGUAUGAACUGUACAUCCACAUAAAAGAUGAGAAACUGCAAACACAAAAGUUGAACUUGGUGAAAAUGGUUAAAAUUACAACUCCUGAGAUUGAAAAUGCUACGUAUAAGGAUGAUGAGGCAGUUAUACACAUAAAAUACAUGCAUGACUAUGUAAAAACACCGGAUUUCCAAGUGGAAUUCUGGGGAGACCGUUCCAGAGUUAAAGAGAAGGUGAUAGUGAAAUCCCAACAAAUAAGAAUAGGGGGAGACAAGCUGAAAGACAGUGAGAUAUACAACGUACGUGUCAGAGCCAAACCUGUGGAUAAUUUUGAUGGGAGAUGGACCAAGUGGAGCAGGGUCAAGAACUUCAGCGUGAACCACAUCACAGCAAAGGAAGCCCCCAUUGACACUGACUGCUGGUCAUUGAUGACCUUACAACAGAGCAGUCUAGUCUGUGUCCUGAAUGAGUUUGACCCCAACAUGUGUGAGAAAGUAACACUUUGUCAUUUUGAAGGUCCAGUUUCUAUUUGUUCCAACGCAACUGUGGAAAGUAACAGAUUCACUUUUUGGAGUCUGAGUCCUGUAACACAGUAUGAACUGUACAUCCACAUAAAAGAUGAGAAACUGCAAACACAAAAGUUGAACUUGGUGAAAAUGGUUAAAAUUACAACUCCUGAGAUUGAAAAUGCUACGUAUAAGCAUGAUGAGGCAGUUAUACACAUAAAAUACAUGCAUGACUAUGUAAAAACACCGGAUUUCCAAGUGGAAUUCUGGGGAGACCGUUCCAAAGUUAAAGAGGUGAUAGUGAAAUACAAACAAAUGAGAAUAGGGGGAGACAAGCUGAAAGACAGUGAGAUAUACAACGUACGUGUCAGAGCCAAACCUGUGGAUUAUUUUGAUGGGAACUGGACCAAGUGGAGCAGGGUCAAGAACUUCAGCGUGAACCACAUCACAGCAAAGGCUGUUGAAGCGCCUCCUGUUCUGUACAUCCUCCUCUGCAUAACUCCCAUUGUGCUGGUUGCCAUUGGGUUUCUGAUCCUACAAUGGAAGAAAGAGAUACAGACCUGCCUUUUCCCAGAUGUUCCAGACCCAAAGGCCACUCUCGCUCAAAUCCACAGACAAAAGGAGCACUUACCUGUGAGUUUCAGCCCGGAAAUGUUCAAGGAUAUCAACAUUUAUCCAGUGGUUUAUACUGACGAGAAGCAGUUCACCCCUGAGUUUGGUGAUGAUCAGGGUGACACCACAGAAUCCUGCGAUGAUGGGGUUGCGGCUUUGAUAGGUUCUUGUCCCACUUCAAUGUGUGAGAAGCAGAACGAAGAUGGCCAAAGUCUGGAAUCUGAGACAUCCCAAAUAGAAACGAAGCUGCUGGAUGAAAGUGCAUCUGAUGAGGAUGUACGCGAUAACCCUGGCUGCCAAAGUGUAGUGGCUCUCCAAAGACAUUCUAAGGACGAGACGUAUGUCACCAUGUCGAGCCUCUUUAAAACCCAGUGAGGUGGGCAAAAAUUUACGACAGGUAAAUAUCUCAUCAUUAGCUGCUUAUUUCGUCAGGCUGCUCUUAUCCUCAUGGUAGAACUGUCAGUUAGUAAUUAUCUACCAGAAACCAGAUGCCAAAAUCAGCAAAUGGCCAAUCAAAGCAAAGUUAUGGAUAGUAUGCAUGAUUGACAGUUCUAGUAAACAUCUACAUUAUAGCUGAAAUCCUACAGUAUAUAAAAAAGGAAACAUGGAAACAGUUUGUAGGCAUCUAUACGUCAGGUUCAAACAAUCCAUUAUCGCUCGCUGCUAAUUUCUUCUGAAUGUUUCAAAAACCAUGAACUUGAACUCCAAAUGCUUAACAGUGCUGUUGUGUGAUUUCCUUCACCAUACAUGCCAGAGCAAGCCUUUUUGUACCUACUAAUAUGAGUCAUCAAAUUAAAGCACAACCGAAAUAUGUGUGGGUGGAUUGCGGAGCAAUGAGAAGAGUUGGUGUUGAUUCUUGUAAGAGAAACUCAUCAUAUGUAAAACCACCAGUGGUGAAAAGAACGUCGAGCCCGUGCAAAAAUUUUACUGUUUAGCCUAGCAACCUAUAAACAUAGGCACACAAUAGUGCUACUAGGGACGCUAUUAGCUAUUUUUAAUCUAUUUUGUAGCUUGUAAUAAGUUAAAUAAGUUAGCUCUGAUAAUGGCUAUAUUUUAUUUCCUUGAUGUACAAACAUGUAUUAAUCCAUUAAGUUAUAUUAUGUCUUGUCUGACAAGUAAACACACAACAAAUGUCUCAGAGGUUCCUGACUGCUAACACAGCCAAGCUGUUUACCUGCAGUUUUUUUUUUUAAUUAGGUGACAUGCUAACAUCAGUAAUGUAGCUUCAAUAAUGUAGUUUCAAUGUAGUUUAAUUAUGCUAUUUUUUCCAUAUAGCUUGCAGUACAGCUAGCAUGCUUAAGCUAACCGCAUUUUUAAAGUAGCUUGCCUAACGUUUCCUAUUAAGUAUUAUUCAGAUUAACUAUACAAUUAUCUAUAGUGAUCAUUUCUUAAACUUGUAAAGUGUAUCUUUAAUAAGUGGAAACAUGACAUAGGAUACACUGGGAUGACUGUUAUUGCAGAGAAUAAGGAAGUGUCGCAGUAAUGUUUUCACAUACCCUCAUCAACUUGUAUUUAGCAUUUCCCCUUGGGGGAAACCCAGAUGCCAUCGUAAAGGCCAUUCAAUCACUCUAUUAGCUCAAACGAAGCGAGGGAUUAGCUCAACAUAUAUGUACAUAGGCUUGGGGUACAGAAAAUUGCAAGAUCUUGUUUUUAGUUUCACCUCAACUAAAUUUUAUCUAGAAGUAAUGUGUUAUCCUAUAGGCUACAUUUUGAAUGUAUUUCUCUUCAGUGUACAUAACAAAAGUGUCAACUUUUUGACAUGAUAUUGUAUGUACAAUGCUGUGAAAAGGUAUUUGCCCCAUCCUGAUUUCUUCUGUUUUUGUGUAUCUCAUAUUAAAUUGUUUCAGAAAUUAAAGCAAAAUCUAAGAUAAAACAAAGGCAACCUGAGUAAACAAACAAUACAGUUUUUAAAUGAUAAUGUUAUUUAUUAAAGCAAAAAAAAUUAUCCAAUACCAACUGGGCCUGUGUGAAAAUGUACUGGCCCCACUAGUUACCAUUUUCCCAAAUCUAUGAAACUGAAUUCAUAAUGGGGUUCAGCUGGACUAGACACAACCAGGCCUGAUUACUGCAAACCCUGUUCAAUCAAAUCAACACUUAAAUAGAACUUUUUCAACAGCAUGAAAUUUGAUUAAAAUGUCUUUCCAUAGGUAUUACCAUAGUAACACAGUAUGCCAAAAUUGAAAGAAAUUCCAGAAAUGAUGAGGAAGAAGGUGAUUGAAAUACAUCAGUCUGGGAAGGAUUAUAAAGCUAUUUCCAAGGCUCUGGGACUCCAAAGAACCAUAGUGAGAGCCGUUAUCUCCAAAUGGAAAAACUCGGCACAGUAGUGAACCUACCUAGAAGUGGCCGACCUUUAAAAAUUCCUCCAAAAGCACAGCAACUACUCAUCCAGCAAGUCACAAGAGAGCCUAGGACAACAUCAAAGGACGUACAGGCCUCUCUUGCAUCAAUAAAGUUCACUGUUCAUGACUCCACUAUCAGAAAGACUCUGGGCAAAAAUGGCAUCCAUGGAAGAGUGGCGAGGUGAAAACCACUGCUAACCUAGAAGAACAUUAAGACUCAUCUGAAUUUUGCCAAAACACACCUUGAUGAUCCUCAGACCUUUUGGGAGAAUGUUCUAUGGACUGAUGAGUCAAAAGUGGAACUGUUUGGAAUGCAGGGUUCCUGUUACAGCUGUUCACAAAAAGAACAUCAUACCUACAGUCAAGCAUGGUGGUGGAAGUGUGAUGGUGUGGGGAUGCUUCGCUGCUUCAGAGCAUGGGCAACUUGCAAUAAUUGAGGGAAACAUGAAUUCUGCUCUCUACCAGAAAAUCCUAAAAGAGAAUAUCCAGUCUUCAGCCAGUAAGUUGAAACUGAAGUGAAACUAGAUUAUGCAACAAGAUAAUGAGCCAAACCACAGGAGUAAGUCCUAGUCCUAGAAGUAAUUGAAACACUUAUCUCCAGUUUUCAGAAGCAUUUGGUUGCAGUUAUUGCUUCUAAAGGUGGCACAACCAGAUUUUAAGUUUAAGGGGGCAAUUAGUUUUUCACAUGGGUGAUAGGAUUUGAAUAACUUUUUUUGCAUCAAUAAAAAAAAACCCAAGAAAAACUGUAUUGCGUGUUUACUCAGGUUGCCUUCGUUUUAUGUUGCAUUUUGUUUAAAGAUCUAAAACUAUUUAUUAUGAGAUAUACACAAACAGAUGAAAUCAUACUUUUUCACAGCACUGUAUGUACAACUUAUGCACAUGAAACUACACUGUUAUGCAUCAACUCAGCUACUGUUUGGAUUUUGCCAUUGAAUGUUUUGUAGAUUUCGGCAAAACCACUGGCUUUUCCAAAAGAAGAACUUGUAUUGAAAUGCUGAUACCAGUUAAUAAUCACGAUCACAGUAUGGCACAAAGUUGCUGUUAGCAUUGUUGGAGUUCAGUCCUUCAUAGACAUGAGCACUUGAUUAAUCAUCACCGCUAAUGACACACAGUAAUACAGCUGCUAGCCUCAGUCACUUAAAGUAUUCCUUCACUUUUGUACUUAUGUAUGAUUAGUUCAGUAAAUCAGAGGGGAAUGUACUCUCACAAAGCUGCAUUGAUAGCAUUACUAUAUAUACCAAAAAUCAAAUGUUUUCUUGAGAUUUAUACAUAACUUGUAUUUUUUCCUGACAAUGGGCCUCAUUUAUCAAUCUUUCAGUAAAGCUGUGUGUAAAUAAUAAUAAAUCAAAUUAACUGCUUUUAUCAGAUUUACAAAGCAUCUCUUUUUUUUUUUCCAGUUUCAUUUUUAUUGAACAUUUCUGCUGUACAUUUCUGCUGAACGUUUCUGCUGAACAUUUCUGCUGAACUAAACAUUUCUGCUGAACAUUUCUGCUUUCUUACAAAGCAUCUCUAACCCUGCUUUUCUUUUAUAAGCGUAUGCACAUGCUGAUCAAUACCAAUUGCAUGUAAUUUACCAUACAUGCUCACAGUAGAGCUGAUUUACAUUUACUGACACCCACAAAACUCCAAAAAAGGCAACACUACAAAUGAUAAAAUGAUUACCAGUCAAAGAAAACAGUGUCUGCUAUGCCAAUGUGAUUUACAACGUCAUUUACCAUAGACACAACUUUUCCUCCUUGUAUAGGGUGCCAUUAUUUUGUUCUAAUUGAACAGCUAGUCUUAUUUGUCUUCAUUUAUGGAUUUGUGUUUGAUUGAUUGAUCUUUCAAGAUUCAAUUAAUGUGAAACAACUGAAUUUCACAAAAAUGUCAUUACAUUUGUAUAUCUAAUUUAAAUAAAUCAGCAAUUUGACCCUGAAAGGUGUCAUUCACAUUGCUAAUAAUACCAAUUGAAUCAGUCGAUCAAUCAAGGUUCAUAUUACUGAGUCUCCUUAAACAUACAUUUCCGUUUAAAUUUAUAAAAGUAAUUAGAUUUGUUCGUAUCCAGCUUGAUAAAUGAGGCCCACAGUGUCCUGCCUGCUGUAAAGAGCAGGUUGUCGAUGAUUUAAAUAUAUACUCAGGUUUAUUCUUAGUCACUGCUUCAUUACAUCUAGUAUCACAUUUAACUGAGUUACAUCUCUUACAAGAAAUUCUUUUAUUACCACAAAGCAUUUACAUUGUAUAGUACAUUGCAAUAAUUGUUUAUACUACUGGCUUUAUUAAAGAUUUUGCACAGAAUCCGAUAUUAAAAGAUAUCCUAAAA